CUCCCUCCGGUCGGAGUCGGGGACUGCUUGUACAAUACUUACAAGCAUCUCUUCAGCACCUUACGCUGCGCCCAGACACUCAGCGAUGUCUAGCAUCCCACAAACUCCCUCCUCACUUCGCCCGGCCGACGACCCGCGAGACGCCUCAGCGGAGGUUGCUCUGACGUUCCCAGAGUCAUGGCAGACGGACUCGGUCGACGGUUUCAGCGCAACCACAUUGUUCGCGACCGGUCUGAUCAUGGUCACUCGUAACCGAUAUCUUGCAUGGCCCGCCUUGGUGCUCUCGUUCAACAGCAUGAUCAACCAGCACCCAUUACGCACGAAGGACGGCGGCACGAGCCCUAUCACCUCCGUGCUCGUCGCGUUUUCCGCCUUGGUCACAGCGUACCUCCCCCUCGUCACCGUCGGCCCUCAAAGAGUACCAUGAUUAUAAUGUAUACUAACUCAGUCGAUGUAUGCUCUCAGUUCAUCUCAUUGAAUCCAGAUUAUCGUGUAAUUAGGCUGCUUGUUGUGCCUAUGCCAUGAUGCGAUACAACAAUCUUGCAGUGUGAGCCAGCGCUCAUGCAGAAAUAGCGCAGGCUUAGUAUGUAACGCAGCGGUCGUGCUCCUGAUGACCAGGCUACACAACUACUCA